AUGUCCAAGGAAAGCAGGGAGGAAGUAAGAAGAGCUCGAGGAAAACUAGGAGACAUCAUCGGCAAGAUAUGGCUGCGUAAUUUCUCCUUUGCUGAAAAACCUGUUUGUUGCACCAAGCAUUCCGGUCGUCGUCGUGUGAACAACGGUUGGGGACCCAUUGACAGUGAGGAUGAAGACUCGAGUAUGGAGUGCAACUGUAGGAGAUGGAAAGAAUUGGGGGGUGAAGAGUUUGUGUAUAAACAUAUAUCACUUGCCAAUCUCCCCAUCGUCCAGUGGAAACCAGAAGUUGAAGAAGACAGAAGAAAAAGAUAUUUGUUCUUCGACAAGUGUAUAGAUGCUGGAAAUUUAGAAGCACUAUAUAGGAAAGGACUGGUUGAUUAUUUGGGAGGGAAAGGAGCAGAAGAUGAUGCAAUUGGGUGCUUGAAGAAGGCCGCAAGUGCAGGGCACAUAGCAUCUCAGUAUGCUGUUUGCAUAAUUUUAAUAUUUUUGGGCGGUGAAAGUAAAGAAACUGGAAUUCGUAUGUUGAGUGAGAUUAUGUCCAAGGAAAGCAGGGAGGAAGUAAGAACAGCUCGAGGAAAAUUAGGAGACAUCAUCGGCACGAUAUGGCUGCGUAAUUUCUCCUUUGCAGAAAAACCUGUUUGUUGCACCAAGCAUUCCGGUCGUCGUCGUGUGAACAACGGUUGGGGACCCAUUGACAGUGACGAUGAAGACUCGAGUAUGGAGUGCAAGUUUUGCAAAUGUGACAAAGAAAUUUCUCACAUUUUUAAAUCUCGUAAUUUGGGUUGGAAUAAAAUUCGUAGUUGA